CUCCUCGACUUGGGCUGCACAAGUAGUAUUAUCGACGAGGAAUUUGUGAGGAAACACAAAUUACCUACCUGGCCUCUCGAUAAACCGAUCCCGGCGAUUAAUGCUGACAGCACUAAAAAUGCUGCAGGAUCAAUUACUUGUGUAACCGAACUCCGCGUCUCCAUCGGCGACCAUACAGAAAAAAUCAUGUUUGCCAUUGUACGAUUAGACGGACACGAUUUGUACCUAGGUUUCAGCCGGCUGAAUUUGCACAACCCCGAGAUUGAUUGG